AUGUGGUGGACGAUUUUGGCCUUUUGUGUUUUGUCUUAUGUGGGAAGUGCUAUGACAACUAUCUUCGUCUGCGACGACCAAAAUGCGAAGUACAACUACGGCAUGUGCGCGAAACCGAAUGAGCAGAAACGCGCGCAGUUUAGCCUAUGGUUUGCGUACGCAGUAGAUGUAGCUGGUGAUCUCGCAGUAAUGUUCCUUCCGUUUCGCAUGACCUGGAACCUUCGGCUACCCAGGGCUCAAAAGCUCGGCAUCUUCGUCCUCUUCGGAAGUGGUUGGAUAUGUAUUGUCUUUGCGACACUUCGUGUCGUUCAAGUCAGCGUCAAAGACGGUCUGCCGAAGAUACCAGACCCGAAGUGGUUGCAAAUGUGGACUGUCAUCGAGACUUCAAUGGGUUGGUACUAUCUCUGGGACGGACUUUCUAGCUCUGCUGACUUCAAGCCUCAGCGGUCAUCAUUGGAUGUGCUCCAGCAUUCAACGCUCUUCGCCGUCGUUCUGAGCACCACAACGUUGAGAUAUCAUCAGUUCGUCUCGAUAUGGAAACCGCAUGUGGCGGUCAGACAGCGUGGACGAAGCCUUACAAGCAGGUCCUGCGAACGAAUCAGCAAGGGAGUGAAGAAGCACUGCAUCAACGCAGUACGCCUGGACUGGCAUACUAAUCUGGAGUCUGCGCCUUAG